CUCGGUUACGUUCGGAAGCAUCACAUGACAGCGUCUGCAUCGACCGCCCGCAGCUGCAGCGUCUUCGCCUCGUAGCAUACAAAGCUGUUUUAAACGGUGCAGUGGUCGAAAAUUUGCGGCCGAAAAGUGUAACGCGUGAUUUGGAGUAACAGCACCGGUCCACUAAUUCCUCAACCAUGGCUCUCAGCGACUCUGACGUUAAGAAACAGAUCAAGCACAUGAUGGCGUUCAUUGAACAAGAGGCAAACGAAAAAGUGGAAGAAGUGGACGCAAAGGCUGAGGAAGAGUUCAACAUUGAAAAAGGUCGCCUGGUUGCUGAGCAGCGGCUCAAGAUCAUGGACUACUACUCGCGCAAGGAGAAACAAGUAGAACUGCAGCGAAAGAUCCAGAGCUCCAACAUGCUGAAUCAGGCACGCCUGAAGGUCCUGAAGGAGGGCGAGGGGCACAUCCAUAAGGUGCUCGAGGAGGCUCGCCGUCAUCUUGGCGACAUCACCCACGAUGAGCCGCGAUAUCGGGAGGUGCUUGAGAAGCUCAUCCUGCAGUCGCUGCUGCGGCUGCUCGAGACAGAGGUGACUGUGUGCUGUCGACCAAAGGAUAAGAAACUCAUCGACACAGAUGCUGUCGCACGGAAGUACCAUGCAGUGACGGGCCAGACAGUGCAGCUGUCCGUUGAAGGAAAUCUCUCUGAAGGCAUCUGUGGUGGAGUCGAGUUGGUGUCUAAGCGGGGCCGCAUCCGUGUCUGCAACACUCUUGAGUCGCGGCUGGACAUGAUCUUUCACCAGUUGCUGCCACAGGUCCGCACAGCGCUCUUUGGGAGAAACCCCAACCGCAAGUUUAAUGACUAGGCUUACCUCCUGGGGGCUUAAGCGGUCGUGUCCCGUGUAGUCAGGACUGUAUUAGUGUAGCGUAUAUGGCGUCGCCCCGAGAGUCCCGCUCGUGCAUCUUCGGUAUUGCUCGAGCUGCAUGCAGCAUCUGAGUGAUGCUUUGUGCUGGCUGCCGCUGCAUCGUGGUCUGCUCAACGCAUCUUUAAACCCUAUUACGGUUUCUGUAUUGUUGCAAAUUAGUGUAUCAACAUGUUUCCUGUUAUCCAUAUUGCUACAAAUCGAUGUGUCUAAAUAUUUCUUUUGUUGUAGCUUCAUUUCAAUAAAAUGUCGCAGCAGUGCAAAUGUCCUUGCUGUGAAAAGAGCA